CGGUGGACAGGAGGGCGGGCCUUUCGCCGGAAGAGUUCCGCCGCUUGUACGAGGAGCCCAAUACGCCCGUCGUCGUGACGGAUGCAGCAGCGAGGCGACUGGCCCGCGCUGGAGAAGUGGACCCGAAGCAGACUCUCGGCCGCUCACGGAGACCUCCGUCUGCACGCGGGAGGCUUGGAGUUCGCCCUGAAGGACUACCUUCGGUACGCCCGGGAGUCGAAGGACGAGCUCCCUCUGUACGUGUUCGACAAGCGCUUCGUGGACAAGUGCCCCGACCUGGGGAGGGAGUACGACGUGCCCAGCGUGUUCGCGGACGACCUGUUCUCCGUGCUUGGCGAGGAGCGCCGGCCCGACUACCGCUGGCUCAUCGCGGGCCCCGCCCGCUCGGGCUCCUCGUUCCACGUCGACCCCAACUGCACGAGCGCCUGGAACGCCACGGUGUCUGGCAGGAAGAAGUGGAUCAUGUUCCCCCCCGGAGAGACACCUCCGGGAGUUCACCCUAGCGAAGAUGGGCUGGACCUGGCCGCUCCCGUGUCCAUCACGGAGUGGUUCCUCAACUUCUAUGAGGAAUGCCACGCGCCCGGGCGGAGAGUGCGCCCUCUGGAGUGCGUCGUGUCUGCAGGGGAGGUGGUGUUCGUGCCCAUGGGGUGGUGGCACUGCGUCCUCAACCUCGAGUGGUCCGUGGCGAUAACCCAGAACUUCGUCAGCAGGGUGAAUCUUCCGCACGUCGUCAAGUUCCUCCUCACCCAGAAGCACCUGAUCUCGGGCCUGCCCCCCGAUCAGCGGGACGAUCUCGGAGAGAGAUUCGUCACGGCGAUGUCCGAGCAGCGCCCCGAUCUCGGUGUAAGCGAGAUUGCAGAGCGGGCCACCUCUAGUACGACGGCUGCCGCCUCAGGUUUCGGAGGCUGCGACGGGGGCGUGGUGGCGAACGGGGGAGGGUCGUGCCGGAACGGGGGUACCAGCAAGAAGAGACAGAAGUUGUGGGACAAGCUCAAGCAGGGCGGUGGUGGAGAGGCGGUUGGCGUUUCCGAUGCGGAAGGGGCGAGCGAAGACGGCGGCGGCGGCGGCGGCGGCGGGCGUGCCGCGGCCGUCAAUGGCGGGGACGGGUGUGCCGAAGGAAGGAGCCAAAGCGCGAGUAGCGGCGGAUUCAGUUUUGGCUUCUCGUUUUCGUAGCCAAAGGCCCGAGAGAGAGGCACGCGCGUUGAGAGUUGUCCUCCUACCACGCGAGCGGGCUUUUGCACGGCGAGGAAUUGGGUGCUUUGUUUGGUCGUUCGUCGUGGACGAGAAAAACUGCUUUGUCGACUUCGCUACUUCAAAGUAUUUGUUUUCGGUGUAUCUGCUUGCGCGCCUUUUUUUUGGUUCAACCUACCAACGCCGUAGACAAUGGUGUUGCGCCUCGCGCGGUCGUUGGAACGCUCUCGACGUGCAUGCAUUUGGCUUUCGCGCAUGCGACGACUGCAGACUGCGAGGUCCAUGCUCAGCCAAAGGGGAUGUUGCUCUUGCCGCCUGCGCUUUGUGGUGCGGGUUUCGGGUUAUCCCGAAGUCCAUUUUACCGAUGUAGCCAAAAGCAAGCAUGCCCUUUGCCGCUAAGCGUAACCUGUAGGCGCCGUCAGGGGACCCGUCAUUGACGAUACAUCUCCUCUUUAUCUGCUACCAUCUCUGUUUGGGAGUCUGCAAGCGCAAGUCGACACGCUGAGGUAUUUAGGCCACUACUAACAUCCCCAACGGGGACAAUGUUGCAACAUGACGAACCCAGACACGGGCUCACUACAAGUACGCUGAUCGACUAAGCAUGACUCGGAGGUACAUGGAGAACCAUCA